AUGUUCUGGAAUAGAAAUACAAAAUUUCAUCAGAUUAUUUUGAUUGGAAUUUUCUCGAUUCUUGUUGGAAGUUCUGAGCAGUUUAAAAUAAUAAAACUCGAGAGAAACUUUUAUGCAACAGCUACUGUAAUCUCACCCCAUCACGUUCUGACGUCUUCCUACGUGGUUCUUGAUGAACAAAAAAAUUGGAGGUACAUUCAGCAACCAGCACAGUGUUCCCGCGGUUUAGUUGAUCUGGAUGUUCCACCGAAAGUACUCAAAGAAAUCUCCGCUCUCCACAUGAAUCAAGCUGAAACUUUCAAUGUCUGUAAUGUGACAGACAAUCAACUUGUCAAUUAUGGCGUCUUCAGAAAAUUAAUGCUUGCUGAAACAAGUGAAAUAUUCGAGAAUUACUUUUGUCUGGCGAAUGAUUACACAAACAUUGAUGGAACCGAGUUAUUAGAUUCCUACGGGCGUGCAUGGAAUAACUCUACAUGUGAAUUGUUUCAUAGAAAAUUGAUAUUCCUCGACUAUGGAAACAGCCUGAUUCACACAGAAGGAUACAAAGCAAAGGACGAGUUUGCAAAUAUUGUGGUCAAAGAAAAAGACGAAAAGAGCAUGCUAUUGGGAAUUGGGUUGGGGGCAGAAGGUGAAACGAGCGGCGAAGGAGAGGCAGCAUUCUACAGCAUUGCAAACAUUCAAAAUAGGAUUUGUUCACUGACUGGAAUUUGUGAAGCUCCGAAAACAACAUUUACGACUACCACAACUACCACGACUCCGACCCCCACGACUCCAACUUCUACAAAUCAAGUUAUCACGACUCCCAUGAAUCAUCCGCCGACCACUACUACUUCUCAACCCCCAUCAACUCCCUCCACGUCAUCUGAAAACCGAAACAUCACGAUAUCAGCCAUCCCUCAUCUCAAAACACCGCAAACCAAUAUCCCCCCUAAAACUCCAGAAGGUUCCGAACCACAGGAAAAGUUCCGAAUCGAAGACUAG